UUUCGUGGCCUCGUCUGACUCUGGUUUUUUCUCAAUCAAGGGAGUUGGGUCGGCGGUGAGACGGGUGAAUCAAAGUAACAGGGUCGUUGUCGGGUCUGGAGGAAGCGGUGAGAAAAACUGCAUAUCUCUAGAAAAAAAUGACUGCUGGUUCCAUCUUAGUGCCUCAAGUUAUACCACUUAGGAUCCCAACACCAGGAAAAACCAAAUAUGAAAUAGAUACAAAUACACUUGUAGAACUCAAAUCAGGUAUAUGCAGCAACUCAGAAUGUACUCCUGGUGUUACUAUAUAUUACACUGUAGAUGGAAGUAAACCACAACUCUUUAGGAAAGUUGGUAAUGGAGAUCACAAUACUUUUAAGUAUAAGGCACCAAUUGCAUUACCUGAUGGGAAAAUAACAGUCAAAGCAGUGGCAGUCACAAAAGACUGCAGAGAAAGUGCUAUUGUAACAAAAGAAUUUGUGGUAGAAUAUGUAGCUCCAAACACACAUCUCCCUGAUGAAGAUGAUGAUGAGAAUUUCCUAAAAGAUCUCUCCAGACAGGAGGUGGAAAGUGAGUUGUCUGACUUAAAAUUUAAAAAGAAAGACGUGAAUGGGGAAAACCAAUUCAAUUGGAGUGGCCUAGCACAGGAAUUUCAAGGUUUGUCAGAAGAAAAAAGAUCUGAGCCCUCGCUUCUCAUUGGACCAUGUAAUAACUUGACCAUCUCAAGUGAUAAAGAAGCAUCUACCACUGCCAAUUUGAUGUCACAGGACAAAGUGUUGUGUCUGGUGUGUGGAGCAGGAAAUCCAGUUCACAUUAAGCAAUGUGUCAUCUGUGAGAGUCAACUUCCAGAAGCACAGAUGAAUAACAGCCUGCAGACCUGGCAGCAAUCACUAUUGUCAUUGCCAACAUCAAGACCUAAUUUACUAGGAAGAAAAGAACAAGGAACUCAAACCAUUGGCUUGUUCUAUCCAUCCAGCAAACUUCUGGAGAAGAAAGUAUGUGAGCCAAUUGCUCAGAAAGAAAAACAGAAUAGUAAGAUAAGUGCUCAGAAGCCUCUGCUCACAGCCAUCAGUCCUGGAAGAGGUUACUGGAGGAAGCAACUAGAUCAUGUGUGUGCACACAUCAGAAGUUAUACACAGAACAGCCUGGAGUUCAGGACUUUGAUUGGAGAGCCUCAAAUGGGAAAGCUUAUAUCUGCUACAGUCCACAAGGAUGAUUAUCAAGUCAGUCUCCGGUUAAAUUAUGCACUUGGUAUAAAUAAGGAUCUUUGGAAAGGAACACCGCUGGUUUUUUUACAACACGGAGGAGAGCCCACCGCCCCGCCCCCAAGGCCAGAAACUGCAAGAAAACUGCAGGAUUUUCUGACCAGUAAACCAGUGACAUUUGGCUAUCAUAGUACAAGCCUCAGCAAAACAGGUAGAGAUGGGUUAUAUGAAACUCAAGCAAGUUUAGCAAGUGAAGAGACUCUGAGAGUUUCAAGUCCUGGUAUGAGAGUCAAAAAAAUGAUGAAAACAAAAAGGUUUAUAGAAAACGAAGACAAACUUUCUACUGAGUCUAGGGAGUUACUGAAGGAAGUGGGCCCCAAAGGACAAGGACAACCUUCUUUGAUAGAAGAACUGAUUGAUGAGGGUGCUGACCCCAACUGCACCAACAGUGAUGACCAGCCUGCUCUAACAUUGGCUGUCCUGAACAAGCAUCAUGAAGCCAUUCCUGUUCUCGUGCAGAAAGGUGCAGAUAUUGAUCAUCAGUCAGGACUACUUAACAACACAGCUCUUCAUGAAGCAAUCUUGCUUGGACUGAAUGGAGAGAAAUGCAUUGAAGUCUUGCUAGGAUGUAAUGCAGACAUCAAAAAGAAGAAUGCCAGAGGGUUGUCCGCUUGCGAUUUGGCACUGACGAGUGGGAACAACAAAAUAGUUUCCCUGCUUGCUAGCAAACUAGGACAGAGGAUGCUGGACAAACUUAUCACACCAAGCUGAGUUCAGAAGUAGCAAUGAAGUUGUAGUUACAGUACAUCUUGUAACAAGUUCCGUCUAUCGUGGAAAUAGAAGACUAAACACAACUGUAACAGGACUGAUGGGAGAAUAAAUUCCUACGCUGAGAAAAACAGUACAUUUUGCUAAAGAGCCUUCCAAUUCAAAACAAGGAAUGUGUCUCCGUAGACAAUAGUUCCAAAAACCACAGAUGCUAACGAGAUCCAGUGAGAAAAUAUGCACUACAGGUGAUGUUCUAUUCUUCAAUCCUUGUCUUCUUGGUUCCAUGUAAUAUUCUAAUUUUCUGAGAUUGUGGAUUUGGGGUCUUCAUGAGCUGUACGCCAUGAUCAUCACAAUUAUAACAAAUUAAGGCUUGACUUAUCUCGCUUUGCAUGUAAUGCGUCUGUCUCAUAUAUCAGUUUCACCUUUUAAUUUGCAUUACUGAAAUUAAUGGACUUUUGCACGAUAUUCUAAUUUUCCGAGUUUCACCUGUAUUUUCAAGUCUGUUUGUGAAUUAUCAAGAAGGUCUGUGGAUCCAUGGAGGAGCCUCUGCUGUUUUUCUUUUUAACAAGUUUAUUUAUGUAUUUUAUUAGAAUGAAAUUUAAUUUUAAAUUAACCUGGGCCUGUCAACAAAAGUUAAAUUGUAAUUCAAUUCAUUUUAAUUUGAUUUAAUUAAUUAAUACUAAGUGUUACUUUAAUAAUCAGCACCCUAAAGAUUGACCUUGGCCCCCACAUGGCAGGCAUGGUCAAUUUCAGCCCACCAGGGCAUUUGAGUUGUGCACCCCUGCGUUAGGGGCAUAGAGAGAUGGGUUUGUGACUGGUGCGUAGGUGACUUGCCUGCCUUGUGUGAAGGUUGUGGACAUCAUGCGGUGUUCAAAUGCCAGAAGCCUCUGAACGAAGAUGGAAGGCUUGGCUGCUAAUGAAAACUUUAAUACAGUGGGCAUAAUGGAAACCUGGUGGAACCGUGAGAACCAGUGGGCCACUGUUAUUCCUGGAUACAAACUCUACAGCAAGGACACGGAGGGGGAAUGGGGGUGGAGUAGCACUGUAUGUUAAAAAAGGGAUGGAAUCUAACAAGCUAGAAAACCUAGGAGGCCUGGAAUCCUCCACAGAACUAUUAUGGGUAACAAUACGAGGACUGAAAGGAAAUGUGUUACUUUACAUGUCCUCCCUCCACAUCAAAACUCAGAGAGUUACCUGCAGUUGGAGAAGGAAAUCAGAGAGGCGUCAAAGAGAGACAGAGCUGUUGCAGCGAAUAGCAGAUUUAAAACGCAGCCUUUGUCUCAAAGCAAAUGGGAGAAAGAAAAAUGCUGCAUAAUUCCCUCCAUGUUUGCUCUGCAAAGGCUGUUCCUUUGAAACUUAAAUUGCUCCUUUGGUAGUCCAAUCAAUGCCACCAAAAAGUUAAAACACUUUUUAACAGAGUUUAUCCCCACCCACCCGGUGUGGGCGAAAUCCCAGGGAAACUCUCCUUCUUUACAAAUGGAAAAAUACAGAAAACCUUCUACGUGCAGCUUCAACGUGAAGAGAAAACUUGGAAUUGUGAGUUGCUGAGCACUCAACAUUGAGGUUGUUUGCACCAGAGUAAAACCCAUUUUUCCUGAGUUAAAAAUCCACUUAGAGGCUGGUAAAAAUACAAAGAAUGAAAAGAGAAAAACUUUAUUCAAAAUACAACAGACUGCUUCAGUCUGAGGCUCCCUUGCUUUGAGUUAAAAGAAAUACUCAGUACUUUACAAGAUUACUUCCAAAGAUCACUCCAGCUGGUGUUUGGAGUGGCACACUUUAAAAUUGUGGUUACCCAUUUGCAAGGAUAAUUCAAAAAGCAUCCCCAGGUGCUAGAAACCUUUAAAAGCACCUUUACAGGGUACAGAGACUUCUACAGAGCCCUGGUUGGAUAAAAGGGCUCAGGCUCAGCCUCUUUGUUACAUUACAGAUAAAAAUAUAAUAAACCAAUUAUAAGGAUUUGCAAAAGUACAAAAUCAAAAGAAAUCGAACACAGGCUACCUAACACAUGGUUCCCUGUCUAAAGCUUUCCCCAAAGCUUCCCUCCUGGACUCACCAAAUCCAUAGUAGAGACUUCAGGUCCUGUAGAGCUCCUGGUUGCCACCAUUGCCUGGCCAGAUAACCUGUUGUUCGUCCUGCCUGGCUCCAACUGAGCACAAAGAAUCCCCUUCACUUUCUGCCACCAGGUCCUGCAGGAGCCGCCCAUCGUGUGUUGGGUGGCUGAUCCCUAGAGGUCACUGCCUGACAGACAGGACAGGGUUCACUUCUAAUUCACUCGUUAGGGGAGGGCUGAUCACCACAGCUGUAAUAAUGAAUGACUUCAAUUACCCUCACAUAGGCUGGGCAAAUUCACGUGUGGGUAUUGACAGAAAGGCCAGAUUUCUAAACAUGCUAAAUGACUCUGCCUCAGAAUAGUUGGUUGUGGAACCAACCAGAGAGGGUGCAUAAGAAUGUGGACUUAAUCCUGAGUGGCGCCCAGAACCUGGUGCAAGAUGUCAGAGUUGUAGAACCAUUGGGUAAUAGUGACCAUAGUGUGACCCAAUUUAGCUUAUAUGAGAGUCAAGCAUUGCCAAAAAAAGUCCAACACAGAUGCACUGGCCUUCAGAAGAAGAAGCUUCUCAACAAUGAGGGGACUGGUUAAAAAAGGGGAGCUGAAAGGGUCAAAUCACUCCAGAAAGCAUGGAGCUUAUUUAAAACUACAAUAGAAGCUCAGUUGGAAUGUAUACCAAGAAGGAGGAAAAAUACCACCAAGUUUAGGAGGCUAGGAGAUAAGAGUCAGGAAAUCUAUAAAAGGGAAAAAUACUUCCUUCAGAAAAUGGAAGUCCUGCCCAAAGGAAGAGAACAGAAAAUAACAUAUACUCUGGCAAAAUGCAAGGAGAUAAUAAGGGAUGCAAAAAGAGUUUGAGGAGCCUAUAGAAAGAAGACCCAAGAGGAAUAACAAAAACUUCUUUAAAUAUAUCAGAAGCUUUUAAACCAGCCUGCCAGGGAGGCAGUUGGACCCUUAGAUGAUGCAGGUGUGAAAGGGAUUAUGGAUAAGGAGACUGCAGAUAAACUGAAUUAGUUCUUUACAUCUGUCUUCAUGUUGGAGGAUACUGACUAUAUACCCACUCCAGAACUGAGCUUCCAAGCCUAAGAAGCUCAGUUCUGGAGUGGGUAUACAGUCAGUAUAUAGAGCAAGAUGCCUCUAAAUACCAGUUGCAGGGGAGCAACAGCAAGAGGGGACUUGGAACAUUCUGCAUGCCUCAUCCCCUAAGGAGAAUACCUUCCAGUGCUCACACAUGUAGUCUCCCAUUCAAAUGCAAAUCAGGGUGGACCCUGAUUAGCAAAGGGGACAAUUUAUACUCACUACACUACCACAAGACCAGCCACCUAAUGGCACAGCGGGGAAGUGGCUUGACUAGCAAGCCAGAGGUUGCUGGUUCGAAUCCCUGCUGGUAUGUUUCCCAGACUAUGGGAAACACCUAUAUUGGGCAACAACGAUAUAGGAAGAUACUGAAAGGCAUAAUCUCAUACUGCGCGGGAGAUGGCAAUGAUAAUCCCCUCCUGUAUUCUACAAAAGACAACCACAGGGCUCUGUGGUCACCUGGAGUCAACACCGACUCAAUGGCACACUUUACCUUUAUAAGACCAGCUCUCCUCAGAGAGGAGGCGAAGGCUAAUGCCUUAACAGAUGUGCCACUAUUAAUGCCUUAACAGAGAUGCCACAAUAAAGAUGCUGUGCAAUGUCACAAAUUGUGCUUGCUUCCCAUUUGCCCUCCAUGCACCAACAUUUUUCCUUGUUGUUUGAGGCCCAAAUCCAGAUGGGGAGGAUGGAGUGUCUAGCAUCAGCAAAGAUGCCCUGUGUGGUCCUGCUCCUGUACUGCCUUACGAAUUAUCUAUUGCUAGAGGAAUUCUCCUGUGAGUUGACCCAUUUUGCUGUUUCUUUCAUUAACUUGCAGGAUAGUUCUGCAGCUAGGAGGGGGGCUCUCUUCUAGCACCCUUCCAUAUCCUGGAGAUUGUAUGGUGCACUCCACCAUGAAUGCACCAUCUGGAGCUUGGCUCAAGCUCAGGGAGAAAGGUUAUUGGAUGCUCCUCUUUCAUGGGCUUGCCUCUCUUCUGUUGGGGUCUAUAGACUUACAAGGUGGUUCCAUAGACUUCAGAAAAUAUUAGAGUCACUAAUGUCUUCUAUAGUCUCUAGUCCCUUCAAGUUCUGCUUUUGAAACCUCAGAUGGAACACAGAGCACAAGAGGAGAAAGAUGAAUACAAAUACAAUGAAUAUUUAUAUACUGCUUUUCAACAAAAGUUCCCACUAUUCCAACAGAAUCCCAUGGCAGGCUCCCCCUGCCGAUGUCACACUACUGGCAAACUUUGGCUUCAUCAUCAAAAUAGUCACACUCUGCAUAACUUUUGUUUCCCAUAGGCCAUAUUGGAGCAGAAAAACCUUAUUAACUUUUGAACUGCUGAUCAAAACCAAACCAACAAAGGACUCCUUCCUAGAGAAGCCUGUCUCAGUACAUAUAAGCCUAUAUAUGACAUAUAGUACUCUGACAAUUUGCGGGGAAACAAAUAUCCGUUGUUUUCCAGCAAAUUUGCAAGAAUUUUAUGGUACGCUGUUCUGAAGUUUGUGGGGGAAGGACCAAAGUGUCAGUUUUUAAAAAAAAUUUUAAUCACAUCUUAAAAUUCUGUACAUUUGUAGACCUGUUUCAAGUUACUAGCUCAACAGUUGCCAUAUUUAUAAGCAAUAGAAUUUUGAGACUUAUGGCAGAACCAUUUUUUUGCUACUCUCCUUAAUUAAAGGGCACACUUGUGCCCCUUGAAUGAAGUUUUGCAUAAAUUUGUUCCGAUUGCACAGUUUUUGUAUCUUUUGGCUUGGAAUGGAGUUGACAAAGGGUGUGCGGGGUGGGGGGAAGAGAUGAAAAGCAGAGCAAUUGAGAUAAGAAGCACUAAGAAAACGAAGAACUGAGAUUUAAAAGGCUUUGAAAAUAUGCUAUCAGCACCUACCAAAUGGGAAGGGAAGGUCUUGGAGGGCCCAGCACAAAGACCUUCCCUUUCCAUUCAGCAGGUAUAUUUCCAAAGCUGGCAUAUUUCCAAACCUUUCCACAAUAUUUUGAUAGCUAUAACCUGCUUUGUGUAAAAAUGGAGUAUUAAAUCAUAGGAAAUUUUAUUAGUAUUAUUCUUUUUCUGUGAACUUAAUGCGACUCGUCAGUUCCUAGGAAGCUUGCAUGUUGUCUUUUCUUGGAAAUGUCUUUUUUUCUUUUGAUGUACAUACUCAUCUAUUAUCCAGAUGAGAAAUGAAAUGUAGUCUUUUUCGAUCUAAUAAAAACCACACAACACCUGG